UUAAAGACACUGACACAAAUUCUUUAUCUACACAAGGUGUACCUUCACCUUACAAACCAGCCUAUCCUGUCGAUAACUUUUGCAAAGUACCAUGUUCUUCGUUGUGUUUUUUCUUUCAUUAGUGGGAUCAACAUUAACAAGUUCUCUGAGUAAAAGAGGAGGUGGCCACAAUGCCCCGUUAAUCAACUGUCCGACAUGUGAGCAUCAUGUUUGUGAUUUAUAUAACUUAAAACAAUGUGAAGUUUGUCAGAUUCAUAUACCCCAUGAACAUCAGCCGCCAGUAGAUGUCAAAUGCUUACAAGCUGGUCAUUGCCACGAAGACAACCACCAUCAUUGCUGUGAUAACGAGGGAUGUGUAGCACACUACUUUGGACAACAUGCAUCCAGUGCAGUGACUCAACCAGCCUCAUCAGUGAAAUGUCCACGCUGCCAUGAAGGAAUCUGUGAUUUCAUUAAUGGAGACCAAUGCUUUGCCUGUAAAAUUGAUUUGAAAAAUGAUGGGACAUAUCAUGUCCAUUGUCUCAAAGAACAUGAACAUUGCGACCCCACUCAUCACAACACGUUCUGUUGUUCAGACGAACCGUGCAUAGCACAGGCGUUUGGACACCAUUACCCAACAUCUCACAGCACGACUACCACAACUAAAAGCGCCACACCAACUUUCCCUACCAAUACCACUGCGGCUUCCACCACCACUACACCUCACUCCUCCAAUUUGUCUCCUACCACUACUAUUCCCACUACAAAUGCAAGCCCUCAAACAAACCCAACCAGCACAGGUGGACAUAAAACAAACCAGACAUACCAACUACUUAAUGAUAUACAUUGUCCUGUUCUGUCAUGCAAUCAUCAUAUAUGUGAUAUUACAAAUACAAAUUUAUGUGAAGUUUGCCAGAUUCAUUUCAAAAAUCAACUACCACAAGGAACAAAUUGUCUCACUGUCGACCACCAUUGUAAAGAUGAUGAUCAUCAUCUCUGCUGCACUGACAUGGCAUGUGUAGAGAACGUGUUUGGCAAUAUUCCUAAAUCUGGAGCCUCUCUAAAUGGUAAUAAAAUGUAUUGUCCAGAUUGUACAAUACAUGGUUGUAACUUCAUCUCUUGCGAGACAUGCGUGUAUCACGGUAUCGAUCAUAACACUCGGCUGCAUAAGUUUAAAACUUGUGAACCAAAGGAAUGCAGUCACGAUGAUGUCAUUUGCUGUCAUGAUUAUCAUUGCAUAGAUAAACUAUUUGGAACACAUUUUCAAACCACUCCGACAAUUCAAACAACAACCAAUCCAAGCAUCACAUCUAAAACAGACCGAACAAGUACUACGAAGGCACACACUUUAUCCCAUGCUACAACAAAUGGAUCUACAACUUCAACAGCAGCGACAACGACAACAACAAAAGCACAUAAUACAACACCAGACACAACAGUGCCAACAAUAGACAGUUCUGUAUCGUUAAACGGCCAGACAACACAUCACGUGCCAAGCAGUACAACUUUAAUGAAUACUACUAGUGCAACUGCAUCAACUACACCAGCAUCAUCGCCCAAUGGCCAGACAACACAUCACGUGCCAAGCAGUACAACUUUAAUGAAUACUACUAGUGCAACUGCAUCAACUACACCAGCAUCAUCGCCCAAUGGAACAACAAACAGUUGUGUUGAUGAGCUGAAAAACUGCGCCAUGUUUAAAAGCAUGGGUGUAUGUCACGCAAGUCCUCAGGAAGGAACCAAGUACGAUAUUGCUUUCCAAUGUAAACGUACAUGUGAUCGAUGCAAUGAUACAUACGAACCAUUAACAACAGUAGCUUUAACCACUUCUACCACCAUUGGACCUACCCAGGCUCCCAUUCAUUGCCAAGUUUGUGGAGAUUAUGACAGUAACAUUCCUUGUGAUCUAGCGAGUGUAUACAAGGGGUCGUUUGUUGCUUGUACGGAAGGAGCGUACUGCAUGAACGACGUUGUUCAUGAACAAGGAAACGUUAAAACUUUUAAAAGAUGUGUAAAUGAGACGGUGUGUAGGAACUUGUGGAUGUCACAGACGUCUGACCAGGAUCACUGUACCAAUUAUGGCAACGUGAUGGUUAGUGGCGACUACUCUUGUCACUACUGCUGUACAACAGAUAGGUGUAACCGUGGACUAAUCCCAGAUCCUUCCACUUACUACAUCAAAGCCUAAUUUGUGUUUUCCGUUCCUUCAUAUAAAAAUAAAAGUCUCGCAAUUUAA